UUAAUAAUCUAUUAACGUUUACUUGACUUUGCUACAAUUUUGGCAAUUACAUGUAAGCUUCUACGCGGUUGCGUAAUACCUUUUACAUUCUUAUUUCAUGUUUCCCUCUCUUUUUCAUUCUAUAAAUAUGUCAUUUUUGAGCUGUGAAUAAGUUACUCCAACCAUUUGGUCAUCACUCUUUUUUAGAAUUUGCAAAUUUGAAUAACUCAUUGAUUUGGAUGGUGUUGAAGAGGGGUUUUUCAGGUGAAAUGGAGAAUGAUAAUCCUCACUUUCAAACUACUCAACAACAAAAUCAACGUUUUAAGUUCACCAAGUGUAUUUGCAAAGAUAAGAAAUGGCUGCAAGCAUAUUCUGCCCAGUUGGAGAAUUCAAUCCGAAAAGUGUUAAGGGAGGAAGUAGAGCAGGCCAUACAACAGUCUUACCACUCCAUAUUAAGGUUGAUGCCAAGUCAGGUGAAGCCAAGUGAAUCAAGAAAGUUUAAGCUGCAGUUUGAGGACAAGUUACCUGAUAAACUUUUUACUGGGAACAAGGUAGAAGCUGAAGGGCCUUCACCAAUCAAAAUUUACUUACUUGAUGCAAUUACUGGGCAUCGAGUAACUGAUGGUCCUCUGUCAUCAGUGAAAGUGAAAAUUGUUGUUCUUCAUGGACAUUUUAAGGCUGAGGAACUAGAUAAUUGGACUGAAGAAGAAUUUGACAACAAUAUUGUGUUUGAGAGGGAUGGUAAAAGGCCAUUGUUGAUCGGACAGCACCUAAUUUCAUUGCAAAAUGGGGUCUGCUGUGUUGGUAAUAUAUGCUUCACAGAUAACUCUAGCUGGGAAAGAAGCAAGAUGUUCAGGCUUGGGGCUAAAGUUGAAGCCAAAGGACACCAAGUGAGGGAAGCGGUAAGUAGUCCUUUUGAAGUGAAAGAUCGGCGUGGAGAGAAUUACCAGAAGCACAAGAUUCCGGCUCCAGAAGAUGAAGUCUGGCGCUUGUGCUGGAUAGCAAAAGAUGGGAAGAUAAGCAAAAGGUUGGCUGAACAUCAUAUUUACAAAGUGAAGGAUUUCGUGAAACAAUAUUACCUUGAUGAGUCCUUACUCCGCCAAAUUCUGAAUGUAACACCGAAAAAAUGGGAAGCAAUAAUUCAACGUGCUACUUCAUGCUUUUCAGGGGAUUCUAGUCAAAGUCUGAGUGACUCGGCACCAAUUGAUGCUCCUAUUAGCAAUACAAAUUGCCCAAUUACAGUUCCUGGCUUGAACAUGCAGCAAUUCUGUAUGCCUCCAUCUUGCUAUGAUCAACCAGAGAAUAGAAUGUCACAUUACCAUACCGAGGAUUAUAGCCAUCAUCUGCAUCAAUCCAUGGCUCUGAACAAUCCAUUAGUCAUGGACUUGUUAGCUGGAUCAUGUAGUGAGGAUGGCAGUCUUCCGUCUCUGGAAGACUGUAUGCUACCACCCUUCCCUAAUGUGUUUGACUUUGAAACCUCAAGUUGGUUUCAUGCUUCUCAAUUGAUGGGAGAAGAAGGCAAUAGCGGUGAUUAUAUGGGUUUUAGCCAUAACUCUGAUAUAGGGAUGCCCUCCUUCACCCCUAAUGUGAUUGUUAAUGCUUCAGAGACUGCAAAGCCAAAAGGAUGGAGCAAGGUUCGAGCUAUUAUGAGGGUAAAAGUUAAGCAUGAUGAAGCUGUCAGGAAGGGAAAGUUUCAGUGUUUUAGUCAGUAGGCGGCUUACCCCUUGAAUAUUUGGAGGGGUAAGCCAGUAGGGCAUUGUGGAGGAGGGAAAAUUGCGAAGGAUUUCUCCUUUGAUGUUUGAUAUGUUCCUAAAUGUAUGUGAAGUGCCAAAUAAUGGUUCUUUGUAUUGUAAUUGGGUUUACCCUAUGAUUCCAGAUGUAAGUAGUCCUGAUUUUGUGCUAGCUAGGCAAUUCACAUAUAUGUAUAGCUAAGCCCUUUAAUCUAUGAUGUAUAAUAGUUUGUUAUAUGUUGGUAUCCUAAACAUCUGGAUAUUAUAUGAAUCCCAUAAUCAUAUCGUUAAUCUCAUCGAAAUGUAUGUUCUAUAAAUUUCUUGCA